AGCUGGUGAGUGAUUCUUUUGGUCCAGUAGUUGCAUGUUACUAUGCGCUUGCAAAAUCUGUCACAGCUCUACUUCAGUACCUUGCCAACAGGAGCAACGUUAACGCGCGCCCUGUUUGUCGAUAAUUUGUCGCAUUGGAUUGGUUAGACGGCAGGAAUUCAGAGCUUCAGACAGCUAACCAGUGUUCUGCUUUAUGUAAUACAAAGCUAAGAGACAUUUGGUCGUUGCUUUAGACGGCGUUUGUAAAGUUAUCUAUUUUGACUGUAAUCCAGAGUGCUUUUGCAGCGCGGUUUGAAGUUUCUGUCAACACCAGCUGGUCUCAGAAAGACAUCAAAAGCAGGAUGUUACUUAACAUUAGAUGGGCAAGUGGAGCCUUUGACAGAGCUCGUGCCAACCUCCUUUUACGCGGGCACAGCGAUGAGAAUCGGUUUCACUUUCAGGAUGGGAAUACUCCAGAAACAGCUGGAACAUGACUACAUAAUCUGUAUCCUUUGCGAUGCUACAUUAUUUUCGUGUGUCAUUUAUUGCCUGUACUGCUUUAUGGGUCAGCAUCCUUCUGAGUGUGGGGUACCAUGGAGCAGCUUGAGGAGGAACUUACAUGCCCAAUCUGCUGUGGUCUCUUCGAGGACCCACGGGUGCUGCUUUGCUCACACAGCUUUUGCAAGAAAUGCUUGGAGGGACUCCUGGAGGGAACCCGAGGUCCAGCUUUCAGAACACCUUUCAAAUGCCCAACAUGCCGCAAAGAGAGCCCUCACAACGGCGCAAACAGCCUGCAGAUCAACUACUCUCUGCGCGGAAUAGUGGAGAAAUACAGCAAAAUCAGGUUCAUGCCUAAGAUGUCUGUUUGUAAACAACACUGCGCCCAGCCGUUAAACAUAUUUUGCUCCACGGACUUGAAACUCAUUUGUGGGUUUUGCGCCACAACAGAUGAUCACAGAGGGCAUAAAUUCUGCUCCUUGGAGGAGGCAUAUGAGCGGGAGAAAGAGGCGUUUGAAGAGCUGCUUCGCGGGGUGGAGAGCUGGCAAAGCGCAGACAUCCUGUCCUGCCUGGAGACACUACAAGCCAGUAAGAAAAAGGCGCUUCAGUCAGUGACCAAGGACGCAGAGAAGGUAACCGACUACUUCGACAAACUCAUCAGUGCCAUCGAAUGCAAAAAGAAUGAGAUCCUCUCCGAUUUCGAAACACUAAAGCUGGUGGUGCUGCAAGCGUACGACCCGGAGAUCACCAAGCUGAGCGCAGCGAUGGAGGAGCACAGACGGGCGCUCAGCAUCGCAGAGUCUUUCAGGAACGUCUCCGACCCCCUGUGUUUUCUGCAGCAGAUGCAAGAGUUUCGGGAGAAGUUAGGGAUCCUUAAGGAGACUCCUCUGCCCUCUCGCAAGGACACGGACGUCGGUCCACUCGUGCGUAAUUUCGAUGUCAAAAUGUGGGACUCGUUGAGGCUCAGAGAGAUUGACAAGAUUUCAGUUCCCCAUGAGAGUGGCUCCUACCGAGUGGGGGGCUCGCGGAUGUCAGUGACCAGAUGGAUCAUCUUAUUUCUGUGUGUGUUACUGCCAACAGUCCUGCUGCUGCUGCUGCAGCCGCACAUCCUUGCAUCCUCCGUGUCUCUGCAGAUCGAGCCGUUUCUCACUGCAGCCUCAUCGCAGAUUGCCCACACCGGUGUGUACCUGCGGGAAAUGACUGACAUGUACGCACGAUUAAUGGGUGCAGGUCAGGAAUGUAUUGUGAACUUUAUCGACUACACUGUCAGUUUUAUUGGCAGCUGUAAGUUGCAUUAAUUACAAGCCUGUGGCAUCUCUGACAGCACUCACAGUGACAGAUUGUUACAUAACCAUAACAAGUGAUCAGUGGAGUGCAUUUAAGAAGAGACACAGAUUCACCUUAGUAUGUAGAAAUUAUUUUUUAAUCAACAUUUAACUGUCACUUCUUGCAUUUUUUUCACACAAGCUUUAUCUUCAUUUAGCAAUAGAACGGACAAACCUCCACAUGAUUUUGCCUAUUUUACAUCAGGUAGACAUUUCAGAUUUCUAGCUACGAAUGUAAUCUCCUUUUUCUUAAAAUAACCAUGACACUUUUAUACUUGUCCACACAAUCCUGGUAAAUAAAACGGAAAAUCAAGUCA